AUGGAAAGUUCAAAUGAGGAAAUAAAUAAUAAUUUUGAAGAUACUUCAAAAGUCAUCAUUUCAGAGAAAAACAAGGAUUUAUCUAACGGGUUAAUAAAUGAAACGAUUGAUGAAAAGCAUGAGGAAGAGCCCCAGCAAAAAUUAUCCAAAAAUGCCUUGAAAAAACUUUUAAGACAACAAAAAUGGGAGGAGACACGUCUUUCACAGCCACCACCAAAGAAACCUAAAGUUGAACCAAUCCCUAGCGAUAUAAAAGUUGUUAUUGAUCUGUCAUUUGAUGAAUUGAUGACUGAUGUGGAAAUUUCGUCUUUAACCUCACAAUUAUCGCGUUGCUACUCGGCCAAUCGAUCAGCGACGCGUCCUGUCAAUUUAUAUUUUACUUCAUGUGGAGGUCGCGUUCAAGAACGAUUUAAUACAAAAUUACAAAAUUAUGUUAAUUGGAAAAACGUGAUUUUUGAAUCUAGGCCUUACUUGGAUUGUUUUAACAAGGAGGAAUUAAUUUACUUGACAGCAGACUCGAAUGAUUGUAUACAAGAACUAGAUGAACAAAAAAUUUAUAUAAUAGGAGGAUUAGUGGAUAAAAAUCGUCACAAGAGUAUAUGUUAUAAUAAGUCUCAAGAAGAUAAUAUUGCUUCAGCUCAAUUACCCAUUGGGAAUUAUGUUCAAUUGAGUACACGAAAAGUUUUGGCUGUAAAUCAUGUAUUUGAAAUUCUUAUUCGUUGGUUAGAAUAUAAAGAUUGGGAAAAAGCAUUUUUGGAAGUUAUCCCACAACGUAAACUUAACUUAGGAAGGGAGAAAAAAACUGAUAUUAACCCUAUUGAUGAAAGGACCUAA